GAGCUCCGGUAAAGUGGGCGCGCUGAUUCCGUUUGGAUUGGCUCAAAACGUCGGUCCCGUAUGGCGGCCACUGUUUUUGGGGUUCGUUGGCAUGGUCAUGGAAACUUUCCUGAAAAACAAUGUGAGGAGAGGACGUCGUUUUCAAGUUCCAAGUUCUGAUGAUCCAAAAAAGUCAUGUUGUCUUAUUCUUCCUCGGACCUGCCCAGAGCGCCCUCUUCCUCAUCGUUGUCCUCCUCCUCAGUCGUGGCCGAAGGGGCGGGGCCGUGGGAUCGGGGCGUGUCGGACGGCGUCCGCCUGAGCGAGCGGGCGUGCCGGCAGGGAGACUAUGUCCUGGCGUUGCGCCUGUGCACGGAGGCCCUGGGGGCGGACCCGCUCAACUGCGUGGCGUACAGCACUCGCUCGGCGGCCCACCUCGGCCUGCGUCGCUACCGCCGGGCUCUGCGUGACGCCAACAAGGCUCGAGACCUCAACCCCAAGUGGAACCAGGCCUACUUCCGUCAAGCGGUGGCACUGCAGCACCUCGGGCGCCACGGAGAAGCCCUUGCAGCGUUCGCGUCGGGCGUGGCUCAGGACCCAAAAAGUCUGCAGCUUCUGACGGGUAUGGUGGAGGCCGCCAUGAAGUCACCACUUAAAGGUUCUCUAGAACCUACCUACCGUCAGCUGCGCGCCAUGAAACUAGAGCGUAGCCCCUUUACAGUAGUGUCGUUGAUCGGCCAGGAGCUACUGACGCACGGCUUCCACGGCGCGGCGGCGGAGGUGUUGGAGUCGGCGCUACAGAUCGGGACGUGCUCGCUGAAAAUGCGGGGUUCCGUCUUCUCGGCGCUGAGCGCAGCCUACUGGUCGCUGGGAGACGCGGAAAAGAGUCUGGCCUACAUGCAACGGGACCUGGAUGUGGCGCGUACUUUAGGCGAUCAAACAGGCGAAUGCCGCGGCCACGGCAACCUCGGCUCCGCCCACUUCUCCAAAGGGAGAUACCGGGAGGCGCUAGCAAAUUAUAGGCAACAAUUGAUUCUGGCCAUGAAGCUCAAGCACAAAGAGGCGGCGUCGGCGGCCCUCGGCGGCUUGGGCCACAUCUACGCAGCCAUCGGUGACUAUCCUAACGCGCUAGCCAGCCACAAGCAGUGCGUGGCGUUGGCCAGACAAAAUGGCCACAGGCUCUCGGAGGCCCGCCAGCUUGGCGACCUGGGCGCCGUGUACGCCGCCAUGGGAGAUGCUGCCAGAGCGCUACGGUGUCACCAACAACACUUGGACAUCGCCAAGACUCUGGGGGACCGCCGUGAAGAGGCUCGUGCCUACAGCAACCUGGGAAGUGCUCAUCACUCUCAGCGAGACUACAGCAAAGCUGAGUCCUGCCACAGCCGAGUUCUGAAGCUCGCUCAGGAACUGGGAGACCGCACUGUGGAGAUGAGGGCCUUCGCUGGCCUGGGACACGCUGCGCGAUGCAACCAGGACCUGGAGGGGGCGCUGCGCUAUCACCAACGCCAACUGGAAAUUUCGGAGGAGCUCCAGGACACAGCGGCUCGAGGUCGAGCCUCUUCCAACCUGGGAAUUAUCCACCAAAUGCGGGGUGACUACAAGCUAGCCCUAAAGCUUCACAAGGCCCACCUGACUUGCGCCCAGGAACUGGGUGACUAUGGCGCUCAGGGAAGGGCCUACGGCAACAUGGGCAACGCCUACCAUGCCCUUGGCCUCUACGAGCAAGCCGUGGGUUUUCACCGCCAGGAACUGAACAUCUCCCUGGAGGUGAACGACCGGCCGUCUCAGGCCUCUACGCACGGCAACCUGGCGGUGGCCUACCAGGCUCUGGGUGCUCUGGACCGGGCCCUCCAGCACUACAUGCAGCACCUGACCAUCUCACGGGAGCUCCGUGAUAUUCAAAGUGAAGCGAGGGCUUUAGCAAAUUUAGGCAACUUCCACUGCCGCAGAGGUGACUAUUCGCAGGCGUUGCCGUAUUACCAGCAGUACUUGCUUCUGACUCCAAGCCUUCAAGAUCCGGAGGGCGAGGGAAGAGUUUGCCAUAACCUCGGCUACGCCUACUACUGCCUGAGACAGUACCAAGAUGCAGUCAGAUACUACGAACAGGACCUGGCCUUGGCAAAAGACCUGCAGAACAAAUUGGCCCAGGCUAAAGCCUACUGUAACCUGGGCUUGGCCCACAAAGCCUUGGGGGAGUUUAGCAGAGCAGAAGAAUGUCAGAGAAAUCUGCUUCAGAUUGCUCAAGCUUUGGACAACAAACAAGCUACCUUCAGGGCUUUGGGCCACCUGGGAGAUGUUAGUGUUUGUCGUGGAGAUCUUCAAGGAGCUGACAGCUUCUACCGGCAGCAAUUAUCUUUAGCCCAGAAUUCUGUGGAUCACAAGAUGGAAGCAGAUGCCUACUCAGCUUUAGGAUCAGUUCACAGGUCGCUUGGCCAGCUGGACACAUCCUUGUCCUUCCACAGCCAGGAGCUGACUCUGCGCAAAGAUCUGGGUGACCAUCGGGGUGAGUGCCAUGCCCUGGGUCACCUGGCGGGUGUACACAUGGCCCUGGGGGACUACGUGACAACCCUGCAGUGCUACGAGGCUCAACUGAACCUGGCGCAACGACUUCACGAUUCCCACUUGGAGUCCCAGGUUCACGGGAACAUGGGCAUCACCAAAAUGAACAUGGGCCACUUUGAGGAGGCCAUAGGGUUCUUGGAGGAGCAGCUGGCCACGCUGGAGCCGUUGAGCACCAGGGAGAGCAUGCCGGAUCGGGGAAAGGCUUACGGAAACCUAGCAGACUGCUACGACGCCCUGGGAGACUUUGAGGAGGCCGUUCGCUUCUAUGACAAGGCCCUGGCAGUGGCUCAAAGUCUCAAGCAAAUCCAGGACCAGGAGAAAGCCUACAGAGGACUCGGAAAUGCUCACAGGUCACUGGGCAACCUCCAGCAAGCUUUGGUGUGCUUUGAAAAGAGGCUUGUAGUAGCCCACGAGCUGGGCGGUGCAGGGAAGGCGCAGGCGUACGGUGAACUGGGUGCCCUGCACAGCCAACUGGGAAACUACGAGCAGGCCUUGUCCUGCUUGGAGCAACAACUCAGCAUCGCUCGCUCUGCCGAGGAUAAAUCUAUGGAAGCGGAGGCCAGCGACGCGCUCGGUAGCGUUUAUCAGCUGAUGGCCGACUACGAGACUGCCAGGCAGUGGCACCAAAGAGCUUUGGACAUGGCGGAGCAGGCAGGCUGCGUGAGGAACCAAACCAGAGCCUACGGAAACCUGGGAGUGACGUAUGAGGCUCUGGGAAACUACGAGAGGGCCCUGGUUUUCCAAGAGCAGCAUCUUAGCAUGGCGGCGCAGACUAACGACUUAGUAGCCAAAACGCAGGCCUACGAGAGCCUGGGGAGGAUACACCACGCACUGGGAAAUUACGCGCAGGCUGUCAUGUACCUGCAGGAAGGUCUUCGCCAAGCCGAGCAGUCGGCUCGCAGAGAAGACGAAGCAAAGAUACGCCACCGCCUCGGCUUGUCUCUGUUGGCUGCAGGAAACCUGGAGGAAGCCCGGCACCAGCUGUACAGAGCCUCGCUUCUUUUUGAGACCAUCCGCUGCGAGAUACGGCACAGUCCGGACUACAAACUUUCUCUCUUUGACCUGCAGACCAGUUCAUACCACGCUCUCCAGCGAGUCCUUGUCAGCCUGGGCUGCCACGAGGAGGCGCUAACUGUAGCGGAGCGAGGGCGAACGCGGGCCUUCGCCGACCUACUGGUGGAACGUCAGAACGGAUGCCGGGUGCCGGCGUGUUCAGACCGGCACGCUCCCGUUACGGCGGAGCACAUCUUGGAGACCGUCAACUCCCAGAAGGGUCUGGUGCUAUACUUCUCCAUAGCUGGAGGCUUCUUGUAUAGCUGGCUGUUAUGUCCAGGCUCAGGCAUCGUCAAGUUCAACCAGGCUUUUCUUGGAACCGAAGUGCCGGAGUUGAAAGAUGGCAGCUGUAGCUCACUGGGUGGCGGUCUGCUAUCUCUUGAGCAUUAUGUUUGUAAUGCCAGAGAGUUUCUGGGAAUUGACGGAUUGCUCAACAGUUUUCAUGUGGGCAGUGAGACAGAAAGCGAAGCUGGAGAUGUUGCUGACCAACACUUUGAAGAGCUUCACAAAAUGAGUUCCGACGAUGACCCCAGUGGCUACCUUCGCACGGUAUCAAGGAACAAUAUCUUCAACAGAAGCUGUCGCAGCAUUUCUUCUUCAAAGGAGGGCUCGUCGACCACUCUUUCCCUCUGGUCUGGUACCAAAACGUCUCCUCUCCAAGCCCUCUACGAUUUGCUCAUUGCGCCAAUGGAGACGGCCCUGCUGCAUGGAGGGGGUCCAGUAGGCCGACGCCGUCAACUGGUUCUGGUCCUGGAAGGAGACUUGUACCUAGUGCCCUUCGCCUUGCUCAAAGGCAGCUCGUCCGACCGGUUCCUUUACGAGAUGUUCAGUAUACUUUGCGUGCCCUCAUUAGCGAGCAUGCGAGCUUCAAGGAAAAUUUCCCACCUCGGCGAUCCCUUACCCCGCCCCGAAGGCGGAUCGUGGGCCGCCGUGGUGGGGGUACCCAACUUGUCGCCCGGCUUUAUGCGCCGUUGGUUGUGGGGGCCCCUGCCUUCGGCCCAGGAUGAGGCUCUGUGGCUGGGGGAGCGGCUAGGCUGUCGCCCGCUCACCGGCGCGGACGCCACAAAGGAGCGUGCCCUCGCCGCCCUGACCCAGGCGCAGUGUGUUCACUUCGCAACUCACGUCUCAUGGAAGCUCGCCUCUCUGGUGCUCGCCCCGAGCCGGGAGCCGCCUCGAGACGGAGACGAGAGGAGUCGUCAAGACGAGGAGAGCUUGUGUGAGAGCGCGUGUGGCACUCCGCCGCUUCAAGACGUCCUCCUCACUGCGGCGGACAUCUUGGAACUCAACCUCAGCUCCAAGCUGGUGGUUCUCAGGUUGUAUCCCGAGAGUGGUGUGCGUUUGACCAGCGACGGCUUGUUGGGCCUGACGGGCGCCUUCCUGUCGGCGGGGGUCCGCUGCGUGUGCGUGUCACUGUGGCCCACGUCGCCGCCCGCCUCCAAACUCUUCAUGCAGACGUUCUACUCGGUGCUGCUCAACGGCGCCCAUGCCAGCACGGCGCUGAACGACGCCAUGAGGACGCUACAGCAAAACCAAGACUUUGCUCACCCUUCCAAUUGGGCAGGUUACCUCCUGAUCGGCAGCGACGUGAAGGUGACUGGACUUAAAUUUGCGGUGCGGCAGGCCUUGGUGGAGGUCCUUGGCCACGUUGACCGCGCCAGGGGUGCCCUGAGAGUUCUUUUGCACCUGGUGGAGAAGUCUUUGCAGCGUAUCCACAGUGGGCACAGUAACCCCAUGUAUACAUCGCAGCAGAGCGUGGACAACAAGGUGGGCGGUGUUCCUGGGUGGCGAUCCCUGUUGUCUGCGUUGGGUUUCCGCCUGGAGCCGGGCAAUUCCAGCCUCCCCGCCGCCGUCUUUUUUCCAAGGUCGGACCCUGGAGAGCGCCUGCAAAAGUGCAGCUUGACCAUGCAGGCCUUGCUCGGGUUGAGUGCAGCAGCACUUGAAGCUCUUUGCAAACUUGUGUCCGCACCAGAAGUAGGAGAGCAGCUCAUACACAAGUUCCGGCAGGUGCUGGGGCAACUGCGGUCAGCCGACGGCGAGCGAUCUUCGGCCCCCGUCCCGAUGUCUCUCGGCGUUCGCUUGUGGAGGCUAGCGGGCUGCCAUGAGUUUCUCGCCGCGCUCGGGUUUGACCUGUGCGAGGUGGGCCGGGAGGAAGUUCUGUUGAAGACUGGCAAGCAGGCCAACGAGCACGUCAUCAAUUUGGCCCUCAGGUCGCUCCUGGGUCUCUUUGACCACACUGACCUUUGUAUGCGCCCGAACACGUGCGACUCCUCAUCUCUGGAAUCUCUCUCACCAUCCCCAAAGCCGUGUCCAACUCGUACUCCUUUGCCGCCUCGACCGUCCUUCAAUUCCGCAGUCUGCCCGGAAGCACCGUGCGGCGACGCCGUCUCCGUCUACAGCCUCAGCUCCCUCACCUCCGCCCUCAGCUUCCCGCCCCGGCCCGAACCCGCAGGAAGCGACGUCGUCAGCUCUCAGGAAGUGGCGGAGACUCCUUGCCGUGCCGGGCGAAUGACCCGAGAGACGGGUGAUGAAGACUACCAGGGCUACGCUAUUAUCAGCAGCGAACCUCUGAGGCCGGGGGACUGCGACGUACCAACUGUGGAAUGUGACGGGGGAGAGGAUGAUGGACGGAGGUCUUCUAAUACUUCGGUACCGGCGUCUCAGAAAAAAGAGCCCCCGCCAAAAGUUCCUGCCAAGCCACGACACAAGCCGGGAAUUCCAUCCUCUCAGCGCCGCGCGAUGGCGGGCAAAGGCGAGACCAGCGCCGACAGCGUUGUCGAGUACCAGGACAAGUGGCGUGUCGCAGAGGGACAACUUGACCCUCGAGACCUGGCCCGCAAGAUCAUGGAGGAAACCCGAGACUGCACGCGAGUUGCAGAGAGCCCGCAAGGGAGCCCCGAGCGGCGUUCUCUCUCAACGCCCGCCACCCCGAUUCUGAACAGGAGGGCGCAGGCCUUUCAGCCUUCUGAAACCAGUGCCUUCAGCAGGCUGCCGAGCAGAACCGGUCUGGCCCUUAGUCCUCUCUUGCCAAGACCUCCGCGCCGAUCCUCCUCCCUGCAGAAGCUCGUGCCAUCAUCAUUUCCUCAUUGUGUCUCUCCACCUGGCGAGGAGGUCUACCUUAAACAUUCAUCUGGCAGCGAGUCCCACCAAAAAACAUCAAGCAGAGAGCCACGCCUCAAGUCAUCACCUGGUCAGAAGUCCCAGCUCAAACCUUCACCUCAAAGUGAGUCCCAGCUAAAACCAUCCGGUGAGGAGUGCCACGUCAAACCUUCACCUCAUGGUGAAUCCCAGCUGAAAGCACCUGGCAGAGAGUCCAACCUCAAACCUGUAUCAGGGGGCAAAACCCAGGUAAGACCACCUGGUAGAGAGUCUCUCCUUAAAUCGCCAAUGGUUAUUAAGUCCCAUCUCAAACCUUCACCUCAGAGUGAGUCCCACCUAAAAGUACCUGGCACAGAGUCUCACUUCAGACUUUCAUCUGGGAGCAAAGACCACCUAAACCCACCCAGCAGAGACUUUUACCUCAAGCCAAUCCCCGGCAGAGAGUCCCAGCACAAUUCUCCACACGGGAGCAAGUCCCACCUCCAACUACAUGGAAGUGAGUCGCAUCGAGAACCCGCUUCUGAUUCCAAAUGCUUCGAGGCGGCCCGCAAAUACGAAGGCGCAUCUCCCGCUAGCUUUCUUCCGGGAAAGAAAAUGAGCAGAGUGCAAAAAGACCUUCUGGGUUUGCUGGACCUCUCGCCGCGACAUGAGCCCGGCGAGGGUCCGGAGCAUCUCAACAACCGUGCCGGUACCAAAGCGCCCUUUGCAUCCAAACUUCCCAAACCUAGCAAAUUUGGCUACAAAUUUCUUGCAGGUCAUUUUAUCCCUUCGUCAAAAUGUUGACACUUUGGUGGCCGUGGUGACUGUUAGAACGUGAUGUUCUGAGAAGGCUAUGGUUAAAGUCAGUGAUGUGAAAGCUUUGGUUGUUCGGUAAUAAAUGUUGGCAUGACUGAAGUGAAAAAGAGAAAAGAAAGUUGAUGAAGAUAUCUUAUGUCUGAUGAGUACAUUUUAGAGGCACCAGUAGUAUUCAAAAUAAUUCAACCCCCACUGGAGUAGCAAAUUUGACAUUUAUUAUUGAUGCUAUUAUUGUCAGAUUAAAUUAAGAUUUGCAAAAUUGACAAAUGCAAUUUAGAUUAUAGCAAUGGUUUUGUAAACAACCUUUUUUCAUGCUGAUAAAAUUACCGUAUUGGCCCGAAUAUAAGACGGCCCUGAUUAUAAGACGACCCCCUCUUUUUCAAGACUCAAGUUUGAAGAAAAGACUUUUGAACACCAAAUUCAUUCGUAUACAGAAAAUAAUUACAGUACAUCUGAAGCAAAUGAUUAUAACUAGAGAUGUCCCGAUCGAUCGGGUCCGAUCACGUCAUUUUCAAAGUAUCGGAAUCGGCAAAAAAAUAUCGGCCAUGCCUUUUUUUAAUAUAUAUACUGUAUAUAUAUAUAUUUUUUAAUUAAAUCGUUUUCUAUUUGUAUUUAACGUUACAGACAUAAUAUGUUUCACUUUCCAGAGUCUUCAGUUUAGGCUUAAUGUAGUGUUAUCAAAUUUAUCCUAAUAACGGCGGUAAUUAAUUUUUUAAAAAAAUGUAUCACGUUAAUAUAUUUAACACAUUUAAUGCAUGCGCUGCACGACCCACUCACGCAUUGUCACGCUCAAUCUGUAAUGCUGCCGUUUUACCUAUAUAGAGAGAUAAAAGGAAUUUUGGCAGCCUUUGGAGCCUUUUUUUAAUUGGCUAAAACCUUUUAAUCCCUCUCGCUAUGAUCAGAAAUAUCAUGGGGAGGAAUGUGGGGAAGCAAGGUAGCAAUUGAUCUUUAUCUUAAAACCUUAAGUUAAUUGCCAACGCAGAGAAGAUAUAUCAAUUGGUAGCACUACGCACAGUCAUGGUUCCACUUCCCAUCAUGCAUUUGGGCAUGACUACAGUAUCAUUUACUGAAAGCUCAACAAAUACACUAGAUGGCAAUAUUUAGUCACAGUAUACAAAGUUGAGGUUUACCCAUGUUGACAAUUACAGGCCUCUCUAAUAUUUUCAAGUGGGAGAACUUGCACAAUUGGUGGUUGACUAAAUACUAUUUGCCCCACUGUAAAAGAGGUGUCAUUCAACUAGUUGUCAGUUGACAUAUCAUCACAAAUGUUAUGAUAAUAUUAUGUAAAACUUGAAAAGUUACCUAGUGUUGCUUUAAAUGUACUUGUACUCGCAGUGGGUCCUGGUCUUUGUUUCAACUGAUCCAGCACAGAGCUUUUAACCAACGAGGUUUAAAUGGAAACAAGAAGCACUUGACUGCAAUCAACUGAUUGCACUUAUAACACACCAGAUUGGUGAAAAGUAGGGCUGUCAAACGAUUAAAAUUUUUAAUCGAGUUAAUUACAGCUUUAAAAUUAAUUAAUCGUAAUCAAUCGCAAUUCAAACCAUCUAUAAAAUAUGCCAUAUUUUUCUGUAAAUUAUUGUUAGAAUGGAAAGAUAAGACACAAGACGGAUAUAUACAUUCAACUUACGGUACAUAAGUACUGUAUUUGUUUAUUAUAACAAUAAAUAUAUGGCAUUAACAUUAUUAACAUUCUCUUAAAGUGAUUCAUGGAUAGAAAGAGUUCUUAAAAGAUAAUGCUAGUAAAAGUUAUUGAAAUUUUAUAUUAAAACCCCUCUUAAUGUUUUUGUUUUAUUAAAAUUUGUAAAAUUUUCAAUCAAAAAAUAAACUAGUAGCUCGCCAUUGUUGAUGUCAGUAAUUACACCAUGCUCACUCAUGGUACUAACCCAUAAAAUCAGUUGGACCCAAGCGCCAGCAGAGGGCGAUAAAUACCAAAAAGCAAGUAAGAAGCGGACAUUACACUGUACUGUCAUUUUAAUCUGUUUGAGUGGUGCAUGUGCGUUAAUUGCGUCAGAUAUUUUAACGUGAUUAAUUUAAAAAAUUAAUUACCGCCUGUUAACGCGAUAUUUUAGACAGCCCUAGUGAAAAGGUGUCCUCUUGAUGGGUUGCAGCAAAAACCCGAACUCACAGCGGCCCCCUGUGGAAUAGUUUGCCCAACCCUGCCUUAAGUUGUUUCUUUAGAACAGAGGUUUCAUUCAGGUAUUAUAAAACACCUGUAGAUGCUAACGGAACCAUAGCGAACAAUAUUUUAUGCAGAUUUGAAGGGACUGCGAAACUGUUCCUUAAUCUAGAUUGUUAAUUGUGCUUAAAAUGUCCGAUAUUUUAAAUUUAAACAAUUGUAUUUUUUUUUCAGCACAAUGUCAUCUGUAUGAACUGUUAUAAUUACACUGAUACUGUACUAUUCUGAACUGUAACCUAGACAUGACCAUAUUAAGCCAAAAAAAUACACAAAAAUCCUCAAAUUCUGACAACAAAAAUGUAUAGAAACGAAACAUCAACUGUCCAAAGAGCAUGAGUGCCCUCUAGUGGAGAAAAGAUUUCCUACCAUGAAAUUAAAACGAUCAUAUCUCAGUUUUUACAUCUAUCGGUGCCAAAUAAAAACUGGGAGAGAAGUUGAAAUCUGCGCUUUCGAGUAAUUAACGUUGACGUUUUAAAAAUUGGUGUACUUAACUCAUUGUCUGCCACUGACAAUGAUAGACUUUCAAUUCAUUUAAACAGAAAGAACUCGCAUUGAAACUAAAGCUCAUGUUUCAGGGUUAUUGAUGGCGUUAGACGUUCAAUCUGCAAUUAUUAUCACUGUUUUCUGAGUGAAUCUCGGAUCCAUGCGGGCUCCAGUAGGUCUCCUGCAAUAUUUGCGACGACUGUGGUGUAAUUCAAUGGAAGAUUCAUCUGAAAAAUCCACCUUUUGCUACAAAACAGUGAAGUUUGUUGGUGGCAAAAUCAUGGUCUGGGGUUACAUCCAGUAUGAGGGUGUGCGAGAGAUCUGCAGGGUGGAAGGCAACAUAAAUAGUCUGAAAUAUCAACAAAUCUAAGCUGCCUCUUACAUUCCUAACCAUAAAAAGGGACAAAUUCUGCAGCAGGAUGGUGCUCCAUCACAUAAUUCAAUCUCUACCUCAAAGUUCCUCAAGGCAAAGAAGAUCAAGAUCCUCCAGGACUGGCCAGCCCAGUCACCAGACAUGAACAGGAUGAAAGAGGAAGCAUGGAAGACGAAACCCAAGAAUGUUCAUGAACUCUGGGAGGCAUGCAAGACUACUUUCUUUGAUCUUCCUGAUGACUUCAUUAAUAAAUAAUAUGAAUCCUGGCCGAACCGCAUGGAUGCAGUCCUUCAAGCCCAUGGAAGUCAUACAAAAUAUUAAAUUUGGA